AUGCCGCCGCGGGCGCGGAAGAGCGGAGCGUCGGAACCGGUGACGAAGCGAGGAGGGAACGAGAACGCGGAUGCGAGCGCGCCGGCGAAAAAGAGCCGAAGCGGAAAGCGAAAGAAGAAGCCGGUGGUGGAGUCGGAGGCGCUGCGUAAUCGAAACGAAAACGCGGGUGCGGUGAGUGAUCGAGGCGCGGAUGAGGAGGGGGAGGAGGUGAACGGUGAUUUGUUUGACUUGUUGCGGGUCCAAGGCGCGGCGGUGCUGUUGCUCGCGAACGAGUGGCGGGCGAGGUACAACUCGAGCGAUAUCACGGCGAUCGCCGAGGUGUUCUCGCUGUUGACCAAAGCGGCGGGAUGUACGACGGGCGUGACGGCGAUGGAGGUGCAGCGAAGCGACUGCGUGACCAUCAUGAAUCGCGUCAUGGAGGACAUGGUGACAGGGAGUCUGUACGGCGAAGAUCCGCUCGCAAAGCGUUCGCAAGACUUCAAAGGGUUCCGCGAGAACUUUAUGGAGUUUACCGAUAAACUCAUCAAAGACACAGCAGAAGGAGAAGAGCUGUUCGACGGUCGGCUGUACGCGUCCGUGGCGGAGAUCGUGACCACGUGCGCGCAGUGCAAGGCGCGCCCCAUGCGCGCGGCGGCGACAAUGAUGGGCUUGCAAAUCAUCACGAGCUUGAUUUCAGUGGUGAACAGCUUGCAAAGCACCCGCGAUUUGAAGCAAAACCAGCUGGAUAAUGAAACGAAGAAGAAGAAUGGGGUCGAUGCUGAAAUUGUGAAGAGUUUGAAACGUUCGAUUGAAAGCGCUCAGGAGCAAAUCGAGCUGGUGGAGAACUACAUCAACGACAUGUUCACCAAGGUGUUCACGCACCGAUUCCGCGACACGGACGAGCAUAUUCGCGCUAUGUGCAUAGCGUCGCUUGGUAAAUGGAUGUAUAAGCACCAGCUCGUGUUUCUUACCGACUUUUACUUGAAGUAUCUCGGUUGGAGCCUGAAUGACAAGAUGCCCGUCGUUCGUUUGGAAGUUUUGAGCGCCCUCAGAACCUUGGCUUCGAGUCAGUCUCACUUGGCCAUGAUGGACAGUUUCUUCGCUCGCUUUAGAGAUCGCAUCGCGGAGAUGUUGCGUGAUAUCGAUCACCAAGUUGUCGUGGAGGCCAUUCGCCUCUCCGCCGUGCUGCACGAACAUAUCGAGCUGGCACCAGGGCACAUGAAGUUUGUCACCACCCUCAUAAUGGACAGGCAUCCGUCUAUUCGUACCGCCGCGGCUCGGGCGACGAAAACGAUCAUGCCCGUGCUUAGCGAGACGUAUCGCAAGGAGCGCGAGCUUUCGUCCGAUCAUUAUGAUGCGGCUGAACAGGAGCUUCACGGGAUCGCGCAACUCCUGAUCGACAUCGGCGAUGAAAAUGGUGGCUACGGCAAGAUUAUCGAUGGUUUGUUCGGGGUGUACGGCGUGCUGUCCGAACCUGGAACCCUAGUUACGAUUCUGAAGGAUACGGACAUGGAAACGGCCGACGCUGUCAUUAUUGCGAAUAUUUUGGUGUUGGCGAUGCGCAAGUCAAUGGGCGAAGAUGUGUCUAAACCGUUCAGUAAGACGGCCAUCAAAAUCAGCGCCAAGGCUAGGAACGCGAUCGAUGCAGCGCACGAGAAGAUCACAAACGAAAUCGGCCCGAUCAUCUCAGAGGCAAUGGCGAAAUAUCAGGCGGAGUCCGGAGUGAUUGGUCCGCUCGUCGAAGUGGUGCACUUCAUCAAGCUUGAGCGCUUCGCUUUGAAUCAUGAAGAAGAACAGUUCACGGCCCUUGCGGAGCAAAUUAAGGACAUUUUCUUCAAGCACAGCGAUAAACGCGUGUUGGAGGCGUGUAGUGAGGCUUUCAACUACUUCUGCAAUGAAGGCUUCGAGGCGACUGCUCCGUUUGCGCAACCAAUUUUGGACAGCACGAUUCACGAUUUGGCUUCUCGAGUUUCAAAGGUGUUGAAGCACGUUCGUGGAUUAAUGACGAAGGGCGACAAAAACCUUGUGAAUGAGGACGAGGGGUACGCGUUCGAGCUCCGCAUGAACUUGAACCGCGUCCGCGCUUUGAUCUCGAAGUGUAACAUUUCGAGCGGGGUGCACGUAGUGAACGAAUUGUCGCAGUUCAUCUCGGAGGUGGCUCGCUCGCCGAUGCCAGCCGGAGAGGAGUCCGUCGCGAUGGCGUGCUCUUCGGUGUCGUUUUUCCUCAUUUGGCAAGCUCUCGAGCUUAUGGAUAGCGAAACUACGACGGCAACGCGAGUGAACGAACAUCUUGCCGAGCGAGACGCCUUUGUCUCCAACAUCAUGCACAUCUUGCGCCGCUCCACCGACAUGUAUCCUGAUUCAGACAACCUCAGACGGUCCUUGAUUGCGUCCAUUUGCGAUAUGGUUCUGUACUACUACAACGCGAGCACGCUCCCGGCUGCUCAUCCCGCGCGAAGCUUACAGUUACGCCUUAGUACUGACGACAGCGCGGAGGUUUGGCAGCACACGUCUGCGCUCAUCACUCCCGAUGACGCGCAAAAAGAUGCCGAUUUGGACUCGGCGCGUUUGGCAUACCGCAUCUCCAUGCACGAAGAGAAAAUCGCCGCAAACGGCGCUAUCGGCGCAGACUUCUUGUCCAACUUCAAGAUCACCGGACCUUGGGUCGAUGCUGCGAUUCGUACGUACUGCAACGACUUGCGACGAACUGGCCCCCAAGUGCUCGUGCGCGCCAUUCUCACGGCUCUGCAGAGUGCGUAUCACGAAGUGCUCCGAGCAGAUCUUGGGAACAGGCAACUUCUUCUCGACGCUUUCGAGGAUCUGGCGAAACGGCUGAGCGACAUAUUUGCGCUGUCUUCGCGACGUGAUCGAUUCGUAAUUCGCAUUCUGUUUGAAGAAGCUGUGGGCUCCAUCCUUGUGCCCGAGCCCGUGUACGAUCAGUUUUCUUUCCUGGCGCGUGGAUUAGUACCCUUCCUUCCGAAGCUCUCGGCGGUGGAUGGUAAGGCUUUGACGGUCGUCGUUGACAAUGCCUUGACGAAAGUGGAUAGCGAAGACGCGCGAUCCACUCCUUUGAUCGAGUUCUCUGACAAGUUGGCCGCGCGCUCCAAGGGCGCGUCGAUGGAACGUCAGCGAAAGCGUGCUCCGUCCGAUCCAGUGGAUAUUCGAUCGCCGUUCAAGGUGUCGAAGACCGUGGAUCCAGUAGAGCAGGAAGACGAUAUCGAAGAUGCUGACGAGGGCGAAGCCACGGCGAAUGAGCACACUUUGAAUGAUGGUCCGGUGGAGGAGAAACCGACUCGCAGCUCUCGACGUCGGUGA